AUGUUUAGCCCAUCUUAUGGAGGUAUCAAAGCAGAGGAAAAGCCUGGACCAAUGAGUCAAUCAGGCAUCAGCGGAUACCUUCAAGGCAUUUCAUCUUACAUCCCUAGCAGCAUCAAGACAACCAUCAAGAAGCAAAUUUACACAUCACCAUCGAUUGUCGAAGGUGACAAGGAUACCAUUGUAGGAACCUAUUUUGAUGAAUGUGAAAUACUUGGUAAAAAACACAAAUUAUUAACAAUAUGUUAUAAUAAUGGUUUUCAAAUUUGGGAUUUAGAUAAUCCCGAUGGUGUAAGGGAGAUCUUUUCUUUGAGAGAGGGUAUGACUAGAUUUGUAAAGGUGUUGACAUCACCUGCUCAAGCAGAGACACCAAAUUCAGUGUUUUAUGGCAAACGCCCGUUGUUGGCGGUGGUGUCAGGUGAGGACAACCCCAAAGUAUCACGAAACAUGGUGCGUAUCUUUUCGCUACGUACCACAGAGUUGGUCAAUAUGAACAAGUUUCGUACACCCGUCUACAACAUUCUCUCCAACGACCGUAUUGUGUUGGUUUGUUUAAAGGAGCGUAUCGUCGGGUUUGACCCAGUGACCAUGACCAAGCUCAUCUCGCUGCCAUGCUACCCAAGCGUGUCUGCUAGCGGCGUGGUGGCGUUGGGUCCACGCUGGAUCGCCUACACUGAUUCGCAGCCAAUGCUCAAUUCGCCGCAAUCGUACUUCUCACAGAUCAAAGGUGCUGCCUCGUCGAUAUCCAACGGAGGUAUGCAGAACCAAUCCUUUGACAAUGCCGUCGACGUUGCCACAGAUAUCGCCAAAGAUAUGGCCCAAAAGCUGUACUAUAUCAGCGAUAUUGGCCGUAAAAAGGUGACCAAUCUGCUCUACCCAGACGACUCGCCACCUAGCAGCAGCUCACCCGCCGGCUCUGACUUUAAAGACUAUAGCAACGGCGGUGUUGGUAGUGGCGGUAGCGGUACUCCAACCGAGGGUGGCAACGUUGUCAUCAUCUACGACUUUAUUAAACAUAGAAAUAUUGCUGUCAUUAGACCAACUUCAAAUCAUCCAAUCUCUUAUUUAACUUUCGAUCCAAGCGGUACCCUUCUAUUUUCAUGUUCAACAGAAGGAACAAAAAUUAAUGUAUAUCAAAUUAUCCCGUAUUCAAAUUCUUUAUCGAUUUCAUCGCCAAGCUAUCCAAUCAACUUGGAUCCUUCACAAGCAUUUAGACAAAUUUAUGUCUUGAAAAGAGGCAUUACUAACGCAUCAAUUCAAAGUAUAAGUGUCAGUGAUACCUCAAAAUGGGUUGCUGUUACUUCAUCAAGGGGUACUACACACAUUUAUGCUAUUAAUCCACUAGGAGGAGAUGUUUCUAUUCACACUCAUAUAUCAAAGAAUCAUAAUCAAAAGAAACCUUAUGAUUUCUCAAAUAUUCCAAACUAUCUUCCAUCUGUAUUAACAUUAAAUUCAAUGGAUAGAAUUAAAUUAUCAAAUACAAAAGAAGAAAAUCCAUUGAAUAAGAUGCCACCACCAAUUAUUUCAGGUAAUAGUUCAUUUGUAGAAUCGACUACACCAAAUUUCGAACAAUUAUAUGUAGUCAAUCAAAAUGGACAACUAUUAUUGUAUGAACUUAGACCACAACCACCUGUAUCCCCAGAAAUGGAUCCAAAUACUUUAUGUCUUUCCCUUACUCCUUCAUUUGAAUGGGAUAUCUGUCGUAAAACUAGACAACAAGAUUUUAAAAGUCCUUCUAUUCCAUAUAAUAUAAAUGACGCAAAUGCAAAUAAUGCAAAUGGAAUGAAUGGAAGUAGUGGUAUAAUGGAAGAUGCUGUACAAGAUUCAGAGACUAGAUGGUUAUACAAUGUUGAGAUUACAACUCAUAGUCAAGAAAUUCGUGCUAUUUGGGGAGUUCCUCAAUUCUCUUUUAGAAACUCUUCAACUUAUAAACCAUCCCCAGACUCUUUAUCAUUCUUUGAUGAGGAUUAUCCAGUGGGUGAGGUUAUCAAGUUUGAAAAGAAGAGAUCAACCAUCUCUUCUCCAAGAGCCGAUUUCGAUGAUGGUGAAGUUGUAUCCAAUAUUAUGAUCAAUAAUCAUCAUCACAAUGGUGCUGCACAUCUACAUCAUCACUAUAGUGACAACAACCACGCCAACAAUAAUAAUAAUAAUAAUAAUGCCGUUGGACAAAAUGGACUUGGAAAGAGCGGAAAUGGUAUCCCCAACCACCACAACAACCGUUCAAAUGCUGUAGGUAUUAACCAAUACCAACAACAACAACAGCAAGAAAAUGGUGAAAUGGAAUUGAUGAAACAAUUGGAUCAAGCCAUCAAGACUCCACUCUCCAACGGACAAUCACCAAAAAUUAACAGUACCAACAACAGCAGUAACAAUGCCUAUACGAAUACCAAUAGUUACUCUAACAACAACUACAACUUGGAUACUCUAUCAUCCUCUCCUCUUUCAAACAAUGUACAUAAUUUUAAUUCAUAUUCUCCAUCAUCAAACACCGAUACGACCUCGACCUACAAUCAACAACAUCAUCAUAAUUUAAUGAAACCGGCCAACAACAACAACAACAAUUCACUUCCCAUCAAAUCCGCUGCUGCAACAUCUAUUCAUCAAUAUGACAAUAUAUAUGGUUUAAAUGAUGACGAUAUUUCAUUUGGAAAGCAGAAUGAAUUAUUACCUGUACCUCCAACAACAUCGACAACCAACAACAAACAAGCACAACCACAACAACCAACACCAACACAACCUGUAAAUAUUAAAAAGUCGACUACCACCACAUUGCAAAAUAAUGAUUAUGAACCAAGCCUUACCAGCAGCAGCGGUGGCAACACUAACACCUCUACCACCUCCACCACCACCACCAACAAUGCGACCAAUAAUACCCAAAAUGGUCCAUUGUAUCCACCAAUUCCAACAGUCACUAGACCAACACCUCCCCCAACAUUGACAGCAAUAACCAAAAAGCCAAGCUUGAGUGAUUUUGAUUCAGUAAUGUCGGCAUUGGAAAAGACACAACCAAUGAAUGUGCCUGCCUCUGCUGCCCCUGCUGCCUCGUCACUCUCAACCUCAACAUCAUCAUCAUCAGGCUCAAGCUCGGCUGGCUCAACUGCUACCUCACCAAAAUCAAAUGUUGUAGGAUCUCCAAAAGGUACCAAUCCAACACCAAGCAAAAAGAAUGGAAAGAAAUAA